CGCGUAUAUUUCCAUCAUAUACACGGACAAAAGGAAAGCAAGACAACCUAACAAAAAGGAAAGCAAGACAAGGCUCCAAGCCACACCGAGAGGAUCGAGAGGAAAAGAGUCAAAGAGAAGUGGGCCAAAGAAUGGGGGACGCGCCAUGCAACGUCAUCCCGCGACGCCACCGCGGGCUGCUUUGGCGCGGCCUCGGCCGGCGGCGCCGGAAGCUCCCCGUCGUGCGGCUCGGCGCCGGAAGCAGGGCAGCAGCAGGAGGCGUCCGUGUCCGCGGGCGCGGGCUCCUGCGGCGUCUCCGGCUCCGCUGGUUCGCGGCGCGUGCGCGGUGGCUCCGCCGCGCCGUCCGCAAGCUGGCCGCGAUCUACAUGGCGGCGCUCGAGGUCCCGCCGGCUGCGUCGUCGUCUUCGUCUUCGUCGUGCCAGCCGUGGAUCGGCGUGGAGCCAUGCUUCGCCACGCCCUUCGUGCCCAACGCACGCCCCUUCUGGUGAAGUCUAUUAAGCGCCGCGCCGCGCCGUGCAGAGCUUUUAGGCGGCGGCGGUGGCCGGCUAGGCUAGCUAUAGUGCAACCGCCGAUAGAACUGAAGAGCGUGCGUGGUAGCGCGAUAGCGGCGAUCUUCGCCAUCAGUCGCAUGCAUACAACUCUGCUUGAUUCUGGCCUUUUUUUUUCUAGGGGGGGCUACUGAAUUCCUGUUAUUGUGUUGGUUAUCUCGUAUGGAUGAAAUGAAGAAAGAGUAAGAGCAAUGUGUUUUCCCCGUCUAA